AUGCUAACCCCUUUGGGCAAGAGAAAUCAAAGUAAAUACUGUCAUUUUCAUAGAGAUCACGGGCAUGAUACCGAAAAAUGCCUACAGUUAAAGGAAGAAAUUGAGCGCCUGCUGAGACGGGGGCUAUUGGCAAAGUAUGUGAAAAACGAUAAGGGCAGGCAAAGGGUUGAAGGUCUACCCCCACCAAGGGCAGGAGUGAUAAACAUGAUCAUCGGAGGAGUAGCAUCGGGCGGCGACUCAAAUUCAGCUAGGAAGAGCUAUGCGCGUUCAGUAGGGGUCUGCUCUAUUCAGAAAAAAGCAAGAUUCAACCAGAGUAUAACUUUUGAUGAAGAUGACUUGAUUGGUGUAACACACCCCCAUGAUGACGCCUUAGUAAUAGUAGGCGGUAUUGCGGAUUUUAACGUGAAGAGGGUGUUAGUCGACGGAGGGAGUGCGGCAAAUGUCCUCACCUGGGAUGCCUUCUUGGGUCUAAAAAUCCCCCAAGAAAGGUUGAAGGUGGUGACUACCCCCCUACAAGGCUUUGGAGGGGCAACAGUAAUACUGGAAGGGACUGUAGAGCUUUCAGUCACGCUUGGGACAUACCUAGCGACAGUGGUGAUCGUGACUAAUUUCUUGGUCGUCAAGACCCCUAUGGCCUACAACGCUAUCUACGGCCGGCCAUUGCUAAAUGCAGCUGGCACGGUCCCAUCGACCUACCAUCAAAUUAUGAAGUUUCCAACCAGCAGGGGGAUCGGGAGCGUGCGGGGAGACCAGCAUGCAUCAAGAAAGUGCUAUGUGGAUAGUAUACAAGCCAAAGCCCACCAUCAGUCAUGA